AAAAACAUUUUUUUCCAAUUGCCAUAUUGGAAAACCCUCAUUUUGCGUCAUAAUUUGGAUGUAAUGCAUAUUGAAAAGAAUAUAUGUGACAGUAUAGUUGGCACCUUGUUGACUAUCGAUGGUAAAUCGAAGGAUAACUUCAAUAGUCGUCUUGACUUGCAAGUUAUGGGUAUCAGAGAUCAACUUCACCCCAUACAAAGAGGGAAUAGAGUUAUAUUGCCUGCUGCAUGCUAUUCACUAACUUCAAAUGAAAAAAAGGAAUUCUGUAAAUUUUUGAAAGAAGUAAAGGUUCCAGAUGGUUAUGCUUCUAACAUCUCUCGGUGUGUACAAGUGAAUGAAAGAAAGAUAUUUGGGUUGAAGUCUCAUGAUUGUCAUGUUCUCAUGCAACAACUUCUUCCACUUGCAAUUCGAGGAGUUCUACAUAAGAAUGUUUGUGCUGUUAUAGUUGAACUAUGUAGUUUCUUCAAACAGUUGUGUUCUAAAGUGUUAAAGACUGAUCAAUUAGAGCACCUUGAGAAUGACAUAAUAGUCACACUUUGCAAAUUAGAAAGAAUAUUUCCUCCAUCAUUCUUUGAUGUUAUGGUGCAUUUACCUAUUCAUCUUGCAAGUGAGGCAAAGGUCGCUGGACCAGUGCAAUAUCGAUGGAUGUAUCCUAUCGAGCGGUAUUUACGUACAUUAAAGUCUUAUGUCCGUAAUAAGAGUCGUCCAGAAGGUUCUAUUGCAGAGGGCUACAUAGCAGAAGAAUGUACAACCUUUUGUUCAAGAUAUUUGCAUGAUGUUGAAACAAAGCAUGACCGUGAAGAAAGAAAUUAUGUCAUUGAAAAUAACAUAACAAAUGGUGGAGGGUUAACCAUUUUCAAAUGCAUGGGACGUACAAUAGGAAAGUCAACAUCUCGUGUUCUUAGCACAGAAGAAUGGUCCCAAGCACAUUUAUAUGUGUUGACUAAUUGUGAGGAAGUGACGUCAUUUAUUGAAGAGCAUAAGCAAUCUAUAAGGGUUAAGCCUCGUAUUCGUGCACGAGAUGUAGAUUUGAUUCACACAAGAGAAUUCAUUAGUUGGUUUGAAGAACGUAUUAUACAAAUGCGACAUGAAGGUCCAAUUUCUGAACACAUACUAUCAUUGUCUCGUGGACCAAGUACAUCAGUUAUAUGUUAUAGAGGAUACAUCAUUAAUGGGUUCAGAUUUCACACAAGAGAACGAGAAAAAGGAAAAAAAACUCAAAAUAGUGGAGUUGUUGUGACCGCAGAGGUAUCAAGCUUUGCAAGUGCAAGAGAUAAGAACCCAAUUCCUGGUCAUGUUUCUUACUAUGGUGUGCUAACUGAUGUAAUUGAGUUACAUUACCUUGGUGGAAAUAGAGUUAUUUUAUUCAAGUGUGACUGGUGGGAUGUAAUCAAUAGUGGAAGGGGAAUAAAGAAGGAUGAAUAUGGGUUCACGUGUUUGAAUUUUGAACGUACCAUAUGCACAGAUGAACCAUUUGUGCUUGCAUCUCAAGCAAAACAAGUCUUCUAUGUUCAAAAUUCAAAUGAGGAAAAUUGGCACACCGUUGUAGAGAUACAAACUCGAGGGGUUUAUGAUAUGAAUCAGAAAGUAUCUACUAAUGAUCCAGAGCCAUAUCAACAGCUUAUAACACUUCAUAAUCAACGUGAUGUGCAUGAGUUGGUCGAGAAUGAUUUAAUCAAUUGGGAUAGAAAUGAUAUUGCAGGAGAAACUAUCCAAAUGGAUGUUCUACUAUCACGACAAGAAAACAUUGUUGAAAGAGAUAAUGAAUUCAUUCAUGAUGAUGAUAUAGAUGAUGUGUAGCUAAUAAUAUUGGAAAUGUCACAUCGAAGAGGAAGAGUACAAAUAGUGUCUCCAGAAGAUGAGUUGAACAAUCUACAACAACUCUUAGACAUACAACCUGCUGCAACUACUACUCCUAGUAGUUCUGAUCCUUCUGAUUCUUCAGAUCCUUCUGUUGCUGGUUCAUCUUCUAGCAAAAAGAGGACACGUGGCCCAACACGUAACUUAGAUUUACUUAGUAUGAAACCCGAGGAAAAAAAAACUACACGAUUCAAUACGAGAGGGCAAGUUGUUUAUGAUGGAAAAGGGGAAAGAUUAUCAAGCUAUAUGGGAACAUUGGUGCGAUCUCAACACAAUGUACCCAUCCAAGUUCAAGAUUGGAAUCAUGUUAGUGAAGAUGUGAAGGAAAAGAUUUGGGCCUUAGUAUUGGAAAAAUAUGAACUAGAAGAAACAUGUAAGAGCUACAUUCUUCAAUGUUGUGGAAAUUUGUUUAGAAGCUAUAGAAAUAAAAUGAAGGCCAAGUAUUAUAACCCUUAUAAUACAGAUGAUGAGAGAUUGUGCCAUCGACCUCCACACUUAUCGGAUGAUGAUUGGAGGUGGCUCAUCCACUUUUGGAGUACACCUGAGGCCAAGGAUAUCUCAGAAAAAAACAAGGCAAAUAGGGCAAAGCAAGUGAUAAAGCAUACAUCGGGAUCAAAAAGUUAUGCUCAAAUUCGAUAUGAACAGGCACAAAAGAAAGAGGAUCGAAGUGAGCCUAAUAGAAUUGAGAUGUUUGCCUUGACACACACAAGAAAAGAUGGGACACCUGUUGAUGAUCAUUCUAAGGAGAUUAUGGAUCAAUUUCAGCAAUUACUAUCCCAACCUGAAGGGACAUCUUCUUCUACUUCUGCAUCAUCUGGAGCAUCUACAUCUGUAUCAUCUACAUCUGUAGCAUCUACAUCUGUAGCAUCUACAUAUGUAGAUGAGAUAUAUACUCGAGUCAUGGGUCCAGAGAGACAUGGUCGUGUUCGAGGGUAUGGAUUUGGUCCUACUCCUACCUUAGUCUUUGGUUCUACUAGUAGAAGGCGAUCAGGAGCUAUUCUUUCAACACAACUUGAAAAUGCCCAAGAGAUGCUAAUGGCUGCAGAACAAAAGUUUACAACUGCAACUGAAGAACUCUCCAAUGUGAAAGAUGAACUCUCACAUGUGAAAGAAACAUUUGAAGAAAGGUUGAUAGAAGUUCAAAAGAAGACACGAGAAGAAGUGAAAGAAGAGUUUGAAGAAAAAAUGAUGGAAAUGCAAAGAAAAAUGCAAGCACAAAUGCAAGCACAAAUUCAAGAACAGAUGAUGCAAAUGAUGCAACAAUUUCAGCAAAAGUAGUAUAAAUUUGAAGAUUUUGCUACAUCUUUAUAUGAUAGAGUAUCUUAACUUUUUUGAAGAUUAUGCUACUUAUUUAUAUGAUAGAUUCUCCUAACUUUUUUUGCUUUC